UGUUAAUUUGUAAACAUGGGUGAAAAGAAUUUUAAUUUUAUUUUAUUAAAAAAACAAUUUCUUCGGUGUUGUCCAAUCGAACAGAUCGUUUUUCCUGAAAAAAUAGAUAUCGAAAUACAGAAAAAAAUUGUUCAUGACAUUAUUCUAGAUAGUGAAGUCCAAAAAUAUCCAAUAAAAAUUGUUUAUCAACAAGCUUUUUUACGUAAGCUUUUGAAAAAAUUAGAAAAUGAUAAUCAAGAAAUUUGUGAUGAAUUAUAUGAUACUUUUGGUAACUUAAUAUCAAUAAAUGAUGUUUCAAUAACUCAUUAUCGCCAUCACCUAAUUAAUGGCAAUAAAAAUAAUGAAAUCGCAAGUGAUAGAAUUAUUAUUGAAGAAAAUAAACAUAUUAUUUCACAAGGAACAACUGGCUUAUGUAGUUGGCAGGCUGCUGAAUUAUUAGCAGAAUGGUGUAUAGCAAAUAGAAAUGAAAUUAAAGAUAAAAAUCUGUUAGAAUUAGGUUCUGGAGUUGGACUUACAGGAAUAACAGUUAUAAAAACAUGUUCUCCAAAGAAGUAUAUAUUUUCUGACUGUCAUCCGACUGUUUUAACAUUGCUUAAAAAAAACGUAGAACUUAAUUUACUACCUUCUAUGAAAAGAAAUAAUAAAGAACGAUUGUAUGAAUGUAAUACGGACGUUGAAGUAAUUGAUUUAGCUUGGGAAUCAAUUGACAAAUUGAUUGACGAGGAAGUAGAGUGGACUCCACCUCAUCUAAUACUAGCAGCGGAUGUUAUAUAUGAUUCUAGUAUUUUUUACUCAUUAAUUAAAGCAUUGAAAGUGCUUUUAAAUCAAGUCAAUAGUUACGCCAUCAUCGGUAUCACUGUCCGAAAUGACGCUACGCUAUCCACAUUCUUAACGCAAUUAGUGGAAUCAAACUUAAAAUAUAUUGAAGAAAAACUUCCUAAUUAUACUACUUUUUUUAAACCAGACAUGCCUUUGAAACUUGUAAAAAUUUUUAAUAACCGGUAAAACCAAGACAAAGUUGGAUUAUUGAUGAUGGAUUUCAUGGAAUGAAGAUGAAUGAAAAUUGAUGAAAUCAUUAUAUAGCUCGAAUUAGUGUCUGAUUACAUGAGAUAAUUAAAAAACAAGAGGUUUUAAAAGGUUAGGAGGUCGUAAAAAGUAGGCGAGUUAUAAAAUGUUGACGAUUCAACCCACGGACCAAUGACCUGAACGUGUAUGAACUACCAGUACAAAUCAACUCUCUUCCGUCUCGUAAUCAAACAUUCCAAGGAGGUCCUUGAAACGUGACACCAACUUUUAAAAUUUAAAUAUACAUAAAGACACUACUUAAAUACAAAUAUUUUUGGAAAUUACACUUGAUUCAAUGUCAAUUUCAAUCAGUUCAGAAUUUUCUUUCAUGUUUACUGUUAUUUAAUCAUGAAAAAUUUAACUUAUUGACUUAAAUGACAAGCAUGCAGCGUGCAUUAUAUGAAAUAACAGUGAAUUGAGCAAACCAAAGUGAUAUUAUAACAAUGAUUUAACAAAUAAAUAAA